CCCCGGGGCCGCGGGGUCCCCGAGGGGCCUCCCCUCGCUCUGCAGCCGCUGCGGGUCUGUGCAGUGGCACCGUUUCUGGGGUGCCUCAGGGCCCCCCGGGGUGCGUCCUCUCAGAACGGGCUCCUCCGGCCUGUGUCUUUGUCUCUGGGUUGCCCAGCCUUCGUCCCGCUUCUCUGGGGGUGGAAAGCUGGCUGGGAAAAGUUUUAUUGAGUGUUAGUAAAGCCUUCAGUUGAGAAAGUGAAAGGAGUGCGUGUUGUUGUGUAACGUACUUAUAAGCAGGAAAACUGAGGACGUAGCUUCAUAGACUUGCCCAGAGUGAAAAAUCAAAGAGCCAGGAAGCCCAGGGUUGCUGGGUUAUUAAGGCGUUGGCAUACUGAAGCUUUGGCAUUUUUCACCUCUGAAGAGGGAGCCCCCCUCGUGCCGGUCUCGUGUUGCCCAGUCGCUUGUUUGCAGGAUUUUAUUCCUGAGAGGCUUCUGUUCCAAAACUCCUAAUUGCAAUUUGCAGAGACUGCUAUCCAUCUCGAGAUGGAAGAACCAGUGCUAGAUAAAGUGCCAUCUCUGUGUGAUACUCCAAAGGAUUCUGGAGCAGCACCUCCACGGGGGACUAGUUCAGGGAAACAGCAAAUGAGUGCAGCUCUGAGGGAGCGGUUACGGAAAACAAGACGUUCCUUUAAUGCCAAUUUUACAGCGGCAAAGCGGCUCAAAAUAGACACUGAAGAAAAAGACUGUGCUGAUGCUGACACAGGGUGCCUGCCAAUGACAAGUAAAGAUUGUUCCAGAUUACAAGAUGGUCCUGAAGACCUUGAAAGAAACAGCACUGCACAUACAUGUUUCAGAAGUCCCUCACGAGAGAGUGAUCCCAGUGGAUCAGCAGAGAAUUCAGAUGUGCUACCAGUUGAUCUUGGUCAGCAACUGUCCCUGGAAGAAAAAGUAAGGCUGGUGAAACAAGUGCAAGAGAAGGAAGAAUUACUUCGUAGGCUCAAACUGGUGAAGAUGUAUCGAUCCAAGAACAACCUGUGUGAACUGCAGGCUUUGAUAGUGAAAUGGAGAAGCAGCACCCAGCUGAUGCUUUAUGAACUACAGUCGGCCUUUUCUGCAGACGGCAAGAAAGUGAGUCUCACUCAGCUGAUUGAUACUUUUGGAUUAGAAGACCAGUUAUUGCACUACAGCAGAACAGAAGAAGAUUUUAUAGAUGCAUAAUCUACAAUUGCAAAGCUUUUAUUAGACACAAAAGCAGAAAAGACCAAGUGAAUUCUGAUCAUGUCAGAAGUGUUGAUCAGGCAGUGGACUUGAUGCUUUGGGGUUAGGAGGUUUUCUCCAGAGAAACUUGUAAAGCUUUGUACUUAGAUACAGUAGGCACUGUAAAAGGCAUUACUUAUUGGAAAAGAUCAAACUUUUAGUGUUUUGGAGAACCUGGCUUAAUGACUUAGUCAGUUAAUUUUUAUUUAAUAAAAAUAAAAUGAGAUCAUACUUUAA